AUGCUAGAACCACCAUGUGGUGUUGUUGGUUUUUACUGUGAAAAUAAUGAACAAAAAUCAGCAAUUUGGUACAAUGCUGGAAUAGAUAUUGAUUUAAAUGUAACAACACUUUACACUGAAUUAGAAUCAUUAUAUAAAGAACUUGGUGCUGCAUUUAUAUCACCAAGAACAUUAAAAUUUUUAUCAAUAAAUGAUGAACAUCAUAGAGUUGAAUUUACAAAUAAAUAUAAAAAUGAUCCAUUGACUCGUAUAAAUGCAAUAUCAACAAUAUCAACAAUAAGAAAAGAUUCAUGGAAUGAUCCAGCAUCAAGUUGUAUAUUAAUUGGCACUGAGUCUGGUGAAUUGAUUGUCCUUGAUACAAGAUCAUUUUCAAUGACAGACAGAUGUUUUAUUGGCUGGCCACCAUGCUCAAUGACAAGUACUGGUUUAUGGUCUGGUGAUGGUAGAAUAUUUAUUGUAUCAAGAGACACAAGAAUUGGAUCAAUAAAAAAAGGACAAAGUGAAAUUAAUUUAUGGGAAAAAUUAUUAGCACCAGCUGUUGCAAUAACAACAUUAUCAUGUGAUGGAGCUGCUGUUGCAAUAAUGGAUGGUACAAUUAUUGGUUAUUCAAAUAAUGGAUUAAAAUUAUGGAAAAUUAAAUUACCUGGUUUAGCACUUGAUAUGACAAGUUUACCUGUACAACAAAGUGGAUUAUUACUUCUUGCUGUUAGUGUACCACGUAUUGGUUUACUUGUUUAUGAUGGACAACAUCAUGUUGAUACAAUAUCAAUGAUGGAUCCAAUAUCAGCAAUUAAAUUUGGUAGAAUGGGACAAGAAGAACGUGCAAUGGCUAUGAUAACAAUGUCUGGUGGUUUAUCUGUUAAAAUAUUAAAACGUACUGCUAAUUUUAGUUCACGUUCAAUAAGUGCAACAGCUAUUAAUGAAACAAAUACAACACGUUUUUCAGUACCUAAAAAAACACGUUUAUUUGUUGAACAAACAAUACGUGAACGUAGUGAGGCUAAACAAAUUCAUAGCUCAUUUCAACAAGCUUUUUUAAGAUUACGUUUAACUGUUGCUAAAAAAACUCAACAAGUAUUAAAAAAUAAUAAAAAUUUAAAUGUUAAUACAAUUACUAUUGAAAAUAGUGUACUUGGUCUUGGUCCAACUUAUAUUAUACGUACACUUGUUACAAAUGUAGCUGAAGAAACAACUGAGUCAUCAUUAUUUUUAGUAUUUAAAUCAAUUGAAUGUUAUAUUAAUCCUAGAGUUGUUGAUUUACCAUUGCUACCAAGUGGAAUACCUAUUCCUGUUAUGGUCAAGGCAACACCAAAAUCACAAGUUAAUGAAAAAAUACAAAUAUUACUUUGUAAAAAAAAUCAAAUACAACCAAUUACAACAACUCAUUUAAUAUUGCCAAUUUCUGAAGUUGAUAUUGAGGUUUAAUUUGUAUAUGUAAAUAAAUUUUAUCUAUUUUUAAUUGAUGAUUUAUUUUUAUUUAUUUAUCAUGAAAACUUUAGCUUGU